GUGCCGUCGUGCGGCUCCGUGUAAAUCCUCUGGUUCUGGUCGUAUUUGCACGAUUGCAUCAAGUGAAAUGCAGCCAGACCAAAGAACUGACAAAGGAGAUUAUAUUAGUAAGCUUGUGAGUUGUGACGUCUGUUAGCAACCCAGAACCGAUCAAUCGAUUCAAAAUCAGUUCCUAGCUUCUGUCCUAGCAACUCUGAUAUAGUUAACCAGAUAUUGCUGACCAUACAACAAUAAAAAAAAACAAAUCGGAUAUUGGUUUAUUUUUUCAAUGCAGAAAACACAUUCACAUCCCUGCAAAAAACUGAACCUCUUACAAAUCCCGGGACAACCCCUAUAGCAAUGCGCCAAUGCCAUUGUAUGUACCUUGUAGUGUCGUGCCGGCUGUCUGGGCAUAUGUGUAGUCGUAGCUAAAUGAGCCGAGCGCGAUGCCACGAAUAUACGAAGAGAUGCCCAGCGCGUUUGUCCUGCAUCCUGGUAGCCGUUUCCUUGGCAUCGACGGAUUCGUACGGCACCCAGACCCAGCUAGCUGCUCACUUAAUUGCUUGGCCUUAAUUUCGUUCAUUCAUGCAUAUCUGAACAUGUAAUUUAGCAUUGCAUGUACAGACAAGGCAGAUAGAUAGAUUGGCGUGCAGAGCAAUAUAAUGCAGGGAUGAGGGAGGUAUAUGCUCUCAGAUAUCCACCAUUGCUCGGUUACACCCAAGGAGAAACCAGCAAGCACAUGACAUUCUACCCCGCUGUGUGCUGCUAAUUGAUGACCUGCUGCACUUCGCUUUCAUCCGCGUCACCAACAUUUAUUUUCGUAUGUAUCUGCUAUAAUGCAUGCAAUGCAUCGUGGCACAACAACGAUCAAUUCGCAACGUUAACAUGCAUGCAAGACGCGCGCGGAUCAAUAGUUACAAGAAAGGGACCAUCGAUCACCUCACGUCGACACCUUCUAUAUAUCUCUGCACACAGCACACACCUUCACUCGCAGCUCGGCAGCUAUAGGAGGAGGAGGAGGAGGAGGAGAUCGAGAUAGCAAUCGCCGGGUGGGGGGAGGGAGAGAGACAAGAACGGAAGAAGAAGCCAGCCGCACAGCACGCGCCCGCGCGGCCAUGUGCACCGAGAACUACGACGCGUGCUACCCAGACCAGCCGGUGGUCGACCGCUACCUCCCCGUGUGGGCCAAGCUGCCGGCGUUCGCCGCCAAGCCGGCCUUCGUCUGGGCCGACGACGACGCGGCGUCGACGCGCACCGCGCUGACUUACGCGCAGCUCGACGCCACCGCCGCAUGCAUGGCGCGCAACCUCCUCGCCGGCACCGGCACCGGCAGCCUCCGCCGGGGCGACGCCGUCCUCGUGCUCGCCUCGCCGGGCCUCCGCCUCGUCAAGCUGCUCUUCGCGUGCCAGCGCGCGGGGCUCACGGCGGUACCCGUCGUGCCCCCCGACGACCCGGCCACGCUCAGCGGCCCCGCGCACGCGCACCUCCUGCGCGCCGUGUCGCAGGCCAGGCCGGCUGCCGCUGUCGCCGACGCCGGUUACAUAGACGCCGUCGCCAAGGCGGUCGCUUCUUCCGUCGCCGGGGGCGAGAACGCCCGCCUGGCUGCCAUGCUGGGGAGCCUGCGCUGGCUGGCCGUCGACGAGCUGGAGCGCGUGUGUGAUGGGCCGCAGACGCCGUACGUGGGCUGUGGGCCGGACGACGUGUACCUGAUCCAGUAUACCUCCGGAGCGACGGGCGUCCCGAGGCCCGUGGUGGUCACCGCGGGCUCGGCGGCCCACAACGUGCGGGCCGCGAGGAAGGCCUACGACCUGCACCCCGGCAGCGUCGUCGUGUCGUGGCUGCCGCAGUACCACGACUGCGGCCUCAUGUUCCUGCUCCUCACCGUCGUCGCCGGCGCCACCUGCGUGCUUGCCGCCCCGGGCGCAUUCGUCCGGCGCCCUGACCUCUGGCUCGAACUCGUCUCCGAGUUCGGGGCCACGUGCACGCCCGUGCCGUCCUUCGCGCUGCCGCUCGUCCUCCGGCGCGGCCAGCGGCGGCGGCCGCUUCAGCUCGGCAGCCUGCGCAACCUCAUCCUCAUCAACGAGCCCAUCUACGAGUCGCGCGUCGGCGAGUUCGUGGAGGCGUUCCGCUGCCACGGCCUGCGCGCCGCCUCCGUCUCGCCGUCCUACGGCCUCGCGGAGAACUGCACCUUCGUGUCCACCGCGUGGCGGCCGAGCGCGUGCUCUGAAUCUGAUCGCCUCCCGUCCUACAUGAAGCUCCUGCCGUCGGCGAGGCUAUCUCCGGCCGCGGCGAACGAGGUGCCGGCUGAGAUCGAGAUCGCCGUCGUGGACGAGGGCACAGGCGAACCGGUGGAGGACGGCGUGGAGGGUGAGAUAUGGGUGUCCUCGCCGAGCAACGCGUCGGGGUACCUCGGCCACCCGUCGGCGAGCCGCGAGGUGUUCUGCGCGCGGGUGCCGGGGCGGACAGGCGCGUGCUUCGUGCGCACGGGCGACCGCGGCGUAGUCAGGGGGGCUGAGCGGUACCUGUACGUCGUCGGCCGGAGCGCCGACGUCCUCGCGCUCGACGCAGGACGGCGCCACGUGCACACGCAUUACGUAGAGACGGCGGCCUUCGGCAGCGCGUCGGGUCGCCUGAGAGGCGGCUGCGUCGCAGCUUUCGCGACGUCGUCGUCGACGCCGUGGUCACGUUCGCAGAUCGGCGUCGUGGCCGUCGUCGCGGAGCUACAGAAGGGAAGCGCCGGCGUCGGCGAUCACAGGGGCCUGUGCGACGGCAUAAGGGCAGCGGUGUGGCGGGAAGAAGGCGUCAGGGUUGGUUUGGUCGCGCUGGUUGACGGUGGGGUGGUGCCCAAGACGACGUCGGGCAAGUUACGCCGUGGGGCGGCGAGGGAGAUGCUGGCCGCCGGAAAGCUCUCACUGGUCUUUGAAACACGAUACGACGACUGUGAUGGAUCGGUGGCUGGGGUGAGAGGCGAAGAGGAGGAGACAGCGGCGAAGUCCGGAGCUAGUUGGCUGGAAGGAGAGGGCGGAGAGACCGGCAUGGCUACCGAAGCCUUCGGGAGCGCGAGCCGUCGUCUUCGCUUGCAGUCAUUUCUUUAGCAUGAGUGUUGGGUACCCCUAAUUAUGGUACGCGACAACGACGGUUCGGACAUCCUUCGGUGUCCAACUCCUCCGAUCCGGUGGUCUCGACAGCGUCCUUCAGCGACGACAUCCUCCAAUCCUUUGUUUAUGCAUGCGACGGCUGGUUGAGGCUAUACUAGGAUUAUUUUUCAUUAAUUAUGAUGUAAGAUAUAUGUAUUUAUGCAACUUUCUAUAAUCAUUUAUGCUUUGCGCGAUAUCAAUCAUUCAAUUUUUACA